GUGAGGGCAUCACGCCAUAAUAUCUCCCCCCCGACCUUGAGCGCUUCAAGCUUCAAGGAUAGACUCAACCUUGACUGCACCAUACUGUCUCGUCUCUUCCGAGGAACAAGUGCAUUCGCUCAAUGACCAGCCGCCUCAAGCGAAAGCUAGGAGACAUCGGUGUCGAUACAUCCAGUGCAAGAGCUAAUGAGAACUUCUGUUUAAUAGGAACACCUCUUCCACCACUGGAAAAAUCCCGCGACACAGGGGAAUUUGUCCCGCUAUGGAAACAAGAAGUUCGGGAUGAGAAAGGUCGACGAAGGCUUCACGGAGCGUUUACAGGUGGAUUUAGUGCUGGCUAUUUCAACACUGUUGGCUCAAAAGAAGGAUGGACUCCUCAGACGUUCGUUUCAUCGCGCUCCGACCGUGCAAAGAAGAAAGCGGCAAAACCAGAAGAUUUUAUGGAUGAAGAAGAUAUACAGGAUAUUAGAGAUAGUCGGAAGAUUGUGGAUACCACGGACGAGAUGGAUCUUACUUCCGGAAAGCAAAUGGAGAGCCAGGACGACGCCGAUGUCGAUCCACUAACUGUUGCUCUACAAUCCGCUAUGCUACCUCCUUCAAAAGAUUCAGUUGGUGCUCGUAUACUCAAAAAGAUGGGUUGGCGCGUCGGGCAAGGAAUCGGCCCACGGAUUUCCCUUAAACAAAGACGACUACAGGAUCUGCAAGCCUCUACUGGCUCAGCCUUUUCAGUAGACACAUCAAAAACUAUGCCAGAUGAAGACGCAGAGGAAGCAAGCAAACAUACCUACGCUCCUCGAGAUACACCAGUGCUCGUUGUCGAACGCAAAGACAACAGUCAUGGAUUAGGUUAUCGACCCGGCAUGAGCUUGAAUGACAGUCUGGGUGUGAAAGGCAGUGGUGGCUCAAGUACUGGACCCAACAUAUCAUCCGGAUUCGGACUUGGUGCACUGAAUGACGCUGAUGAAGACGAUCUGGAUGUCUACGACGGUAGCUCUGCGAAUGUUCGAAAUCGCCUCGCUUACGACGCCUUUGACGACCCCGAAAGAGAUCGGACUUUCUCAAGUGGCUCGAAAUCAAAGCUAAGAUCUGCUCCAGGUCCAAUUCCUCCCACUGGAACGUUCCGAGAUGGGACACCUGUGUUACCUGGUUUUGUCCUAUCGGGUAAAGCCGUGAUGGAGGAUCGAUGGUAUCCUCUGCCCGAUAUUCCCCCAGGAUGGAAACCUGACCCAAAACGCGUCUGGUCGCAAGGCCAAAAUCAAGGGCAAUAUCCAGCUUCAAACAAGGAGAAUGUUAAGCAGGAGAACACUGCGGCAAUUCCGCAUGGCAAGUGGAAGACGAGUGGUCUGUCUGCGGACGAUCGAGGAUCAAUAUUGGGCGAGAUACCACUCCCCUCUGCCCCUCGAUCCGUAUUCGAUUAUAUGUCUCAGAAAGACCGCGAUAGGUUAAAGAAUAUCGCUGCCAACCUUCAUUCAACAACAGGACCUCCAGCAACCGCAAGUGCCUCUGACCAGACCUCUCCUCCUGCUCCUGCUCCUGCUGCCACAACCCCUCGUAUUCCCCGCACCGAUCCUCAAAUCGCCCGUGCUGCUCUGACCGGAUUCAAACCAUUUCCCAGCGAUCCAGUCAAGCAAGCACGUUAUACGGCAUACCUUCAAUCACAGGCUGACACUUCUUCCACGAUCAUGUUAGAACCCCUCCCGCACCAAUCCAUUCCAGAAUUCAACUCCGAGAUGGAAGAAUACGCACAGAGUGCUGUCGUGUUCAAACCUGUCAGCGGAGCUAUGGCAGGACGGUUUACGAGCGCAGCUGUAGUUGAGCAUGGGCCGAAGGUGAUAGAGGGUUUACACACUCCAGCUUUUGAGGAACAAUCUUCUAACGAGGAAAAGAAAGCAACGGAGGAGAAGGAACUUUCUCCUAAAGAAAACGCUGCGCGGAUGGGCAUGUAUGGACACUUGACCAGGGAAACCGUUCCCUGGCAGCCAGCGAGGCUGCUAUGUAAGAGAUUCGGUGUGAAGGAUCCGAAUCCAGAACCCAAAACUGAGGAUCCUACUCAGUCGUCCGUCCCAGACUUCCAAGACCCAUCUGCUUUCGACCCUUCUGUGCCCUCUGGGACUGCCGCCGCGGAUUACGGGAUCGUCUCGAUAAAUAAUAACAACAUUGGUGCUAGUACGAGUGGUCCUCGAGAUUUGGCCAACGUCGGUCUCGGUGAUGAAGACGAUACUCAAGGUCGAGAUACUUUGACCUAUGAACGCCCUUCUGUUGACGUGUUCAAGGCAAUUUUUGCUAGUGAUGACGAAGAUUCGAGUGAUGAGGAGGGUGGUGACGAGGGGGACGAGAGGGACAAGGGGCCGAAUGAUAUUGAAACAAGCGGACCCAUUUCAGAGACUACUAUGUCUACGAAAAUAUCUCCGCUCGCCUCUAUCCCCGUAGUGGUAGACGAUCGACCAGUAGAUCCCAAUACCUUUAAACCUACUUUCGUUCGACGAGAAGCUCGGACGACCAAUACCGACUCAGAUAAACAGGAAAAGAAAGAAAGAAAAGAAAAGAAGAAGAAGGAGAAACGGAAAGCUAUUGUCUCGUUUAUGGACGAUGAGGCUGGCGAUACCCUGAACACAGGAGGGUUGAAGUUGAAGGGGGAAAAGGAGGUCGAGAAGGAAGUUAAAUCCAAACGCCGGAACGCUGUGGACGAGAACGAGGAUGAUAUGUGGGUAGAGAAACCUGCGCCUCCAGCUGUCACUGUUGCAUCCGACGUGGAGAUGGCAGACACCUCUACAGCGCUGAGUGUAGGCUCAGAAGUACCAAGGGGGCGCAAGAGGGCUAUCGAUUUCUUGUGA